CUCAGAUAUCCCCUGAGACCUGGGGCUUGGCCCAGGACUCCUCAUACCAGGGAGCGAGCUGCUGUAAACAAGGGAAGCACAAGGCUCUCGGAGCAGCUGGAGACUCCCUGGCACUGAGAAGCUGAAACUGGGACCUGGCACGCUGUGCCAGCACAUCACCCAUCUCCCCCUGGCCCCGGGGGCCUCAGUGGUGCCCUGUGAGCUCAACCUGCCUGACCUGCUGUGGGACACGUCCCUGCAGAGCCCCACCAUCCAGCCAUGCUGAACUUCCUCCGGGACAGCAUCUCCUUUCAGACGUUCCUCAUCUUUCUCUUCAUCUUCCUGCUCAUCGCAGACUACAUGAAGAACAGAAAUCCAAAGAAUUUCCCUCCCACCCCCUUCCGCCUUCCCUUUCUGGGGCACAUCUACCUCUUAGACUUCAAAGAUCCUGCGGUCACAGUGAGCAAGCUAAGUCAAAGAUAUGGUGACAUCUUUGGCAUACACAUGGGCAGCAUGAAGUAUGUGAUGGUAAAUGGGAUGCGGCUGGUGAAGGAAGUGCUCAUAAACCAAGGGGACAAGUUCUUGGACCGCCCUGACAUUCCCAUAGACGAGGAGAUCUUCAGCAAGAUUGGGAAUCCUUUCAACCCUCAGCUGAAAGUCACCAAUGCUGUUGCAAAUGUCAUCUGCUCCCUCAUCUUUGGCAAUCGGUUUGAAUACCACGAUGAGGAUUUCCAAAGAAUGCUGAAGCUGAUGUAUGAAAUGACUGUCCUCCACGGAGCCGUCACAAGCCAGCUGUACAACACUUUCCCAUCUAUAAUGAAGUACUUACCUGGAGCCCACCAUACCAUUUUUAAAAACUGGAGGUUAUUGAAAAAAUUUAUGCAAGAGCAGAUCAACAAACACAAGGAGGACUGGAACCCUUCAGAGUGCCGGGACUACAUCGACAGCUACCUGCUGGAGAUCUCCAAGGACCAUGACAGUGACACCUUCCAGGAGGAACACCUCAUAGCCUGUUCACUCGACCUAAUGUUUGCUGGGACUGAGACCACAUCCUCAACUCUCCGCUGGGCUUUGCUGUUUAUGGCCACGCACCCAGAAAUUCAAGGCCGGGUGCAAGCCGAGAUCGAUGCGGUCAUCGGCCAGGCACGGCCCCCAGCCCUGGAGGACAGGAACAACCUGCACUACACCAACGCUGUCAUCCACGAAGUGCAGAGGAAAGGCAACGUUAUCCCUUUCAAUGUGCCAAGAAUGGCAUCGGAGGACACCUACGUGGAUGGCUACUACAUCCCAAAGGGCACUGGUAUAAUGGCAAAUUUAUCCUCUCUGCUGUUUGACAAGAAUGAGUGGAAAACCCCUAAUACUUUUAACCCCGAGCAUUUUCUGAAGGAUGGGAAGUUCUGGAAAAAGGAGCAUUUCCUACCAUUUUCUUUGGGGAAGCGUGCCUGCCUGGGUGAGCUACUGGCCCGUUCCGAGCUCUUCCUCUUCUUCACCUGCCUGCUGCAGAAAUUCACCUUCCAGGCACCCCCGGACACCACACUUACCCUCCAGUCCUUGAUAGGCAUCACAGUGGCCCCACAGCCCUACAAGAUCUGUGCAGUACCUCGGUAGGGAAGCCUUGGCCACCAUCCUCACAUGGAAAAUCCUUUCUCAGGGGUGCUGAAAACAAGCCCUUGGCAGCUCUAGGGGGAGGCUGGCUGGUUUAUUUCUUUCAAAGCAAUUGUAAAAUAUUUUUCUUCCACAAUUAGACCUUGCACUCUGUAUUCCAUGAUGGUGUGAUGAUCAUGGGAUCAGGCUGGGAAUUUCCAGGGCAUUAUUAGGCUUGCCCUAUGGCAGUGUAAAUUAAUGAGGGGCUUGGGGAUUUCCUAAGUUUAUGACGGAUGGCCAUGGUUCACUUUGGCAAAAUGAGGGGACACUUUAGACACUUUAGAGCCACCCACUGUGGUUGGGUACAGUGGGAGAGCAAUACCAGCUUUUGUUUUAUAACAUUAACACAAGUAUUAAUUUGACAUUUCCUUAACAUGUACUUACCUAAAAAAAAAAAAGUCAUUCUGUAACACUUGUCUCAUACAUAAUAAAUCUUUAUCAAAGCA